GGACGCGCGUAAAAGCAACUGAGCUGCUCUCUCUCAACAACAGCGUUAAACUCCUCCAGCAUGUAGCACAGUGACACUGGGAACUUCCUUCAUCUUGCGGAUGCAAUUCUUUGUCUAUAACAUCAGAUAAAUCGGGGUUUUAUUGUUUGCUACGACCCGGGUCUGUGUUUCCUAUGAUGCUCGGCAAUCAGAGCAAUGUUCGCUCCACGCUUUGGAUUCACAAUGUGAGGAUUUGUGUCUGGAUAAAUAAGGACGCUGCGUAAAGGAGAAGCUGAAGUCCCCCCAGUGUGUCCGGUUAAGCUUCGUUUCAGUCCCCCUAAAGAGCGGAAUGGGGCCGAAAUCUGCACUGAUUCUUGUCGCUUUGUUGGGCUGGGCUGACGGUUCGUCUCUCCACCACUCAGACGGUCGGUCCAGUCGUCUCUCUCUGGAGAAAACCUUCGGCCGGCUGGUCAAAGACUCCCAGUGCCACCACAUGUUGAAGCACCUUCACAAUGGAGCCAGAAUCACAGUGCAGAUGCCUCCAAACGUGGAGGGUCACUGGGUGUCAACCAGAUGUGAGGUGAGACCUGGCCCGGAGUUCUUGACACGCUCCUACAGUUUUUUCCCCAACAACACCUUCCAGGCUCACCAGUUCUACUACGAGGACAACCACUGCACCAGACCCACCUACACGCUGGUGAUCCGGGGUCGCCUACGCCUACGUCAGGCCUCCUGGAUCAUCCGAGGCGGCACGGAGGCCGAGUACCACCUCCACCGCGUCCAGAUGAUUUGUCACACAGCCACAGUGGCCAAAGAGCUCAGCCAGAGACUGAACCGCAGCUGCAGAGGGGCCGCGAAGGGCCCCUGGGAGCCCAGUGUGAUCCACGAGCUGUGGAGCGAGGAGGGCGGGUACGACUGCUCCCGGGAGCUGAACUUUGCCAUGCACGAGCUGCAGCUGCUGAGGGUGGAGAAGCAGUACCUGCAUCACAACCUGGAUCACCUGGUGGAGGAGCUGUUUCUGGGAGAUAUCCACACCGAGCCGUCCCAGAGGCUUUACUACAAGCCGUCCAGCUAUCAGACCGCCCUGCAAAACGCCAAGAAUCACGACCAAGGCUGCAUCGCCUGCCGCAUCAUCUUCCGCUCGGACGAGUUCCACCCUCCCAUCCUGCCUCCGCGGGCCGACCUGACCGUGGGGCUGUACGGUCAGUGGGUGAGCCAGCGCUGCGAGGUCCGCCCCGAGGUCCUCUUCCUCACCCGUCACUUCAUCUUCCACGACAAGAACCACACCUGGGAGGGUCACUACUACCACUACUCCGACCCCAUCUGCAAACACCCCACCUUCACCAUCUACGCCCGCGGGCGCUACAGCCGAGGGCAGCACUCAACCCGAGUCAUGGGAGGGACAGAGUUUGUCUUCAAAGUGAAUCACAUGAGAGUAACCCCCAUGGACUUGGCCACCACCUCCCUCCUCAACGUCUUCAACGGUAACGAGUGCGGGGUUCAGGGCUCGUGGCAGGUCGGGGUGGAGCAGGACGUCACGGUGACAAACGGCUGCGUUGCUCUGGGCAUCCGUCUCCCGCACACAGAGUACGAGCUUUUCCGCAUGGAGCAGGACUCGCACGGACGCUACCUGCUCUACAACGGCCAGCGUCCCAGUGACGGCUCCAGCCCCAACCGGCCGGAAAGGCGGGCCACCUCGUACCAGAUGCCGCUGGUACAAUGCUCGGCAAACAGCCAUAUGUCUGACUUCAGUAGAACCGAUGGCAGCGACAUGCCUCUGCUUCAACACAAUGACUGCUCAGGGAGGCAUCGAGGCAGCCACAAACACGCCAUGGUGGCCAUCACCGUUAUUGUCAUGUGUUUGCUGCUCUGCUGGCAUUGCUAGACGGAAGUUUUUUUUGAUCUUCUUAGAUAAAGACAAGUGUUUGGAUUGUAAAACUAACUGGUGAAAACGGCAAACAUGAACUUUGAACUUCUCAGAUGUGAAGGAGGACUAAAACUUGGUGCUUUUGAUCCUCUGAAGAUUUCUCCAAACUACCAAAGACUUGACACUGCUGCACCACAGAAACUGCACUUUAGAGUGGAACCAAAGACCGACUUGUCUGCGUUUCCACAAACACACAAAGAUGUCAAUAUACAAGACAGACUUGAGAGUAUGUUUUCUACAGCGUAUUUACCUACAACUAUCAAGUCAUUUUAUUGGUACAGCAACAAGACAAUGAACUCUUAAGAAGCUCCCUGUUGGUGAAGAGGUUCUCGUGGAUAGUCACCGUUUACAGUAAAGGGAACGACAACACUUCGAUUAAACUGUUGAUUUUAGAUGGUUGCUGUAAAGGAUGGACACAUUUCUUCCACACGUAUAGACUGUUCACACUACUUCAUCUGCAGGUUAACUUCCAUAAUAGAGACGUUUUAUUUCCCACUCAUCAUAAAGCUGUCUCGACAUGGACUAACUGGUUCCAAUUGAGCCCAUUUUGAAAUAACCACAUGCUCCGAUUUGAAAUCUGCACCUGGAAUAUUGGAAAAAUAUUCUUGCCUGGGAAACUGUUUACAUAUUAAAAAUAAAUGCUCCACUCAUACGUGUGUUUACAUGCA